AUGGAAACUGAAAACGUGGAAAAUGUCCAUGACGUGCAAAACGACAACACUCAGUACGAGUAUGAAGGGCAAAAUGGAAACUUAAUAAUACAAGAAGCAGAGAUUGUUCUCAUAACUACUUCUCUAGGGGGAAUAAAGUCAUCAUUUUUUUCAUCCUUAAGGGCACAGAACCUAUUGAACUGUAAAAAGUUCCUCUAUGUUGUAAUAGACUCCAAUAGAGACACCAGCACAGCAAAAAAUUUAAAAGAUCAAGAACUUUUUAACAGAUGGAAAGAAGAUGAACUGCUGCAAUCAAAUGACAGUGGAAUUGUUUUACCUCAAAUUUUAAUUGAUGGAGUAUCUAUAGGAAAUGAUAUAGCAUUACAAAAUUUAGAAGAUGAAGGAAAUUUAGACUUUAUUGUGGCUAGAUUAAAAUGCCCUAAUUGCUUAAGUGAUAAAUCAAACACAGAUGUGCAAUGUCCUAAUUGCAAAUAUGAUUAUGUUAGCUUAAUCUCGGAAGAAUUAAUUCGAGAUAAUGGAGUCACAAGGAUAUUGCAAGGGGAAUUAUACAAUGAGGAAGAAACGGAAGAGUGA